GAGGCUCAUGUUGUCUCUCCGCAGGAAUGACGAACCUCGCUCCACACUGGUCGACAGAGACAGGGAAACUGAAAAUAUUCAUUUGGUGGAAAUAAAGAGGAUACGAUCAAUCACUUCCGAACAAACACCGGAGGACGUCGCCAAACUGAACAUUGUGGAGACAAAAGAACAUUUUUAAAAGGACCGGUCCUCUCCCACUUCAAAGCUGACGUCUCCUGUAUGAGUAGGAUAUAGCUGUAUAUCCAGUGGCAAAGCAUUUUCUAGAUGUGAUGUCUGUCGUGUUUGUCAACAAACUGCGUGUGAUAAUGGGCAUCUGGACAUGCUUUGAAGAAAACUACUGAUGCUACAUCGAAAAAACGCUUAAAAUGUGACCGUUCCAGUGAGCCUCGAUCCCUCCACUUUGUCGGAUUUGAGGAGGCGUCUACUGGGAAUAAGGGGAGUGCAUGUGUCUCGUUUUGGAGAGAGGAGGGAGCUGUCCGUUCAGUACCACACACAUCUGCCACCAGCGGUGCACCACAAGCCAUCAGCCUUGCACCUUCUCUGGACCUCAUGGUGCGGAGCGUAAAUUUAUGAUAACCUCUGCAUUCAUUUAACGUCUGCAAUUUCUUAUUUUCUCUUGGCAUCUGGAGGCAAUCCCAUAUUCACCUGACAAGAACAUCAAACUCUCAUGCAGCGGUUUCCUGCAGUUGAGCUACCUUUGCGCACCUGUUUUUCUGCGUUUAUUCAGUUCACUCUCUUUUUUCCGUUGCCUAACAAUUGCGCACAUGUAUCCUCCGGGUCUUUCAGCGUUGUAAUGCCUGGCCCGGGCUCGAGACAUGCCUAAGCGACGAGAUGGGCCAGGGCGACGAGAAAGACCGUGUUGUGAUUAACGUGGGAGGGAUUCGACACCAGACCUACCGCAGCACGCUGCGCACUCUCCCCGGCACUCGUUUAGCCUGGCUCGCCGAGCCCGAUGCCCACAGUCACUUUGACUAUGACGCCCAGAUCGACGAGUUUUUCUUUGAUCGCCACCCCGGAGUUUUUGCACACAUUCUCAAUUAUUAUAGGACUGGCAAGUUGCAUUGCCCCGCUGAUGUUUGUGGCCCUCUUUAUGAGGAAGAGCUGGCCUUCUGGGGCAUCGACGAGACAGAUGUGGAGCCCUGCUGCUGGAUGACAUACCGGCAGCACCGGGAGGCCGAAGAGGCACUGGACAGUUUCGGCGGAGGGCCAGCUGAAAUGGGCAACGAUGAUAUGGACACAGAAGUUUUGGGUGAUCCAGGGGAUGGAGACGAGGAACUUGAGAUGACUAAACGCCUGGCCCUAGGCGACUCACCUGACGCAAAAGGUGCAGGGUUGUGCCAACGUUGGCAGCGUCGUGUUUGGGCGCUCUUUGAAGAUCCAUAUUCCUCUAAAUAUGCAAGGUGGGUGGCAUUUGCCUCGCUGUUCUUCAUACUGGUUUCCAUAACCACAUUCUGCCUGGAGACACACGAGGCCUUCAACCCCAUCAUUAACCGCACAUAUAUUAACCCUAAAGACAACAGCUCCAGGUUUCACUUGGAGACAGAGACGGUGGUCUACCUAACCUACAUCGAGGGAGUGUGUGUGGUGUGGUUCACCUUUGAGUUCCUCAUGCGUGUCACCUUCUGUCCAGACAAAAAGAAAUUCAUCAAAAACACCCUAAACAUCAUAGACUUUGUGGCCAUCCUGCCAUUUUACCUGGAGGUGGGCCUGAGCGGAUUGUCCUCUUCCGAAGCAAAGGACGUUCUGGGUUUCCUCAGAGUAGUGCGAUUCGUUCGGAUCCUCCGAAUCUUCAAGCUGACGCGACACUUCGUGGGCCUGCGAGUGCUGGGACACACCCUCCGCGCCAGCACCAAUGAGUUCCUCCUGCUCAUCAUCUUUCUGGCGCUCGGAGUUCUAAUCUUUGCCACCAUGAUCUACUACGCCGAGCGAAUCGGUGCCAAUCCCAAUGACCCACGUGCCAGCGAGCACACCCAUUUCAAAAACAUCCCCAUUGGCUUCUGGUGGGCUGUUGUGACUAUGACCACAUUGGGCUAUGGAGACAUGUAUCCUCAGACCUGGUCAGGCAUGUUGGUGGGCGCAUUGUGUGCUCUGGCGGGUGUAUUAACCAUUGCCAUGCCUGUGCCUGUCAUCGUCAAUAACUUUGGGAUGUACUACUCUCUAGCCAUGGCUAAGCAGAAGCUACCAAAGAAAAAGAACAAGCAUAUUCCCCGUGCCCCCCAGCCGGGCUCACCUAAUUACUGUAAGUCUGCCAUGAACUCACCCCACCACAGCCCACAAAGUGACCAUUGCGCUCUUGCUGCCCAGGAGGAGAUUUUAGAAAUGAACAGAGCAGAUCCCAAAGUGAACGGUGAGGCAGCUAAAGCAGCGCUGGCCAAUGAGGAUUGUCCCCACAUAGACCAAGCCAUUUCCCCUGAGGACGGUCAGAUCUUUAACCCAAGCCAGCCGCGGGGAGACACUCCGUGUUUUCUGCUAAACGUCGGAGGACGAUCCACAAACACGGGCACCCGAGUGAGGAAGGCCGGAAUGUUCUCAGGGAGGUCAGGGGCGGAGCCAGCCGGCCCGACGCAUGGCACACAGGGUUACCCACUGCUGCAGCUAGGCUGGGCGCACAGCCCAGAAGAUGGCCAUGCCAGGGUCACCACCUGAGAUCCAUCCCUGUUUCGCUAUCAUACGUUCAAACCGCCCACAGCAGCCUUAGAUAAAUAAAAGGCCCCUACACGCUAUGUAGCUUUACAGGCUGUCAAUUAACGUCAGCAAAUGUAGUGAUAUAAAAACCAACACACGUUCAUGUUAUCUCACACCUGUUCUAGUUUGACCCCUGACCCCUGCUGUAUGAAUAGACUUCGGAUCACACCUAAAAAAAAAAAUUACCUUUCCACAAUAAACACCACUGACAGCAACAACAUAAACCGGUCAUUUCUGAUCACAUUCAAAAGAAUAUCCUGCUACCAUCUACCAAUUUGUGGUGAUCAUUUUCUAACUAAUAGCGCUGUCUGUCUGUGUCUUAUGACAUGUUGCUCUGUGUGAGCAUGCUCUGUUUGACUCCAGAUCUUACUCACAGCCAAAAGUACCACAAGAUGGUCAACAUCAUCACUAAGCAGAACUACACACACUGUUCCCAACCAAUAUGUUUUUGUUUUUUUGUCUUUGUGUGUUUUACUGUAUGUGUUUGUGCAAAUUUAUGAGUGUUUUGAGAGAUGUUUGUAUGUGUGUGUGUGUGCAUGCAGUGCUUCAGAGUGCACUGUUCUUUUUUUCCUGUAGCAUUAUGUUGUGCAUGUGUUGGGGCAGUCCUGCGGCCACAAUCUGUCCUGAUGCCUGUGUGGUAUUGGAUGAGAAAGUAAAGACUUGGUUUUGCACACAGGCAAAGAAUAUAAUGAGUUGGUGUAGAUACGCCACUGACAUAUGUGACAUGCUCUUUCAUUUUGAGUCGAAAGUCCCAAUAAGCCAUUAGAGGAGAAAUGUGAUAACCCCAAAAAAAGUUUUGUUUUGUUGUUUUUAAUAAAACUGAGUCUCUGCUUUCAAAUGAUGUCAGUUUUAUUAUGAAAUUCAAACAAUUUGCACUUGCCUCAGUUCUGACGGCAACGCAGAAAGGCACAUGAAUUGAUCACC